GUAUCACUUCAAGCCAGCUGAUUUGCCUGAUUAGCUGGGUAGGUGAAAAGCGAACUCCCUUUCAGCUAUCGGUUGAGUUGUUCGAAGUGCGUGGAUGGCUUAGGUUGAAAAAUCGGAAAUGGCGGCGGAAAAAAAUAUGGGUCCCUUAAUCGGUCAGAGGCAUAUCCAAGCCUUUCUACUUUUCCUUUCAAUCACUGUAAAUUAUACCGCCAAGUUCAAUGCCAGUGUAGCUGUCGUUGCUAUGACGAAUUCCGAGACCACUAAUCCAAAUUUUCCUGAAUUUGACUGGAAUGAAAUGGAGCGAUCCUACAUACUUUCUAGCUUUUUCUGGGGGUAUAUCCUGACACAAUUUCUCGGUGGCUGGCUUUGUCGCCGCUAUGGUGCUCGACUUACCAUGUUCGUUUCGACCAUUGGCUCCGCAUUACUCGCCUUACUGCCCCCGUUCUGUGUGUCCUGGGGAGGUUGGCAGGCGUAUUGUACAAUACGUGUAGGAAUGGGACUAUUUCAAGGUUUCCUCUUUCCCUGCAUACACGCGCAUCUGGCCAAUUGGUGUCCCGUUAAUGAACGUAAUCGACUGGGAGCCUUCGCUAAUACGGGCAUUGAUUGCGGCACUCUAAUGGCAAUGUUUUUAAGUGGAAAGAUAGCGGCCUCGAGUAUGGGAUGGCCGGGAAUUUUCUAUAUAUCCAGCACAGUGGGCAUUAUUUGGUGUAUUGUCUGGUUGAUUUUUGGCGCCAAUACGCCAAGGGAGUCGAAGUUCAUAAGCGAGGCUGAGCUUAAAUAUAUUGAGUCAUCGAUCAAUCAAGGUGGCAAGGAGAACGAAGUUCAGAACGCUCGACAGAUCCCUGUGCCAUGGAAGGCAAUUUUCACCUCGUUACCAUUUUGGGCGCUUAUGGUAGCCCGAUGCUCUCAAGCCUGGGGAUACUCUACGUUACAGACAGAGAUGCCUACCUAUAUGAAUGGGGUGCUGCUUAUGGAUAUGAAAAGUAAUGCUGUGUACUCCGCUCUGCCGUACUUGGCCUCAUGGAUAAUGGCAUUUGUAUACCUUAUUAUAUCGGAUAUUCUACUCAACCGUGGCGUUCUCUCAAUAACUGCGGUUCGGAAAAGCUUUAAUACUAUUUCAUUCUGGGUGCCAGCUAUCACUCUGAUAGGCGUUGGCUUUGUAGAUAGUAGCCAAACAACACUGGCCAUUGUCCUAAUGACCCUCAAUGUGGGCAUUAAUAGUGGAAACACCAUUGGCAGUGCUAUAAACACCAUUGAUCUGUCGCCCAACCAUGCAGGAAUUCUCAUGGGAAUAGUGAAUUCAGCGGCCAAUAUGUUACCAAUGAUCACUCCGCUAUUUGUAGGCAUUAUUGUGAAGGAUCAGCACGAUCGUGUGCAGUGGCAAGUUGUGUUUAUCAUAUCUGCCAUUGUGUUCUUCCUGGGAAAUCUGUUUUAUAUAAUGUUUGGUAAAAUGGCUAAGCAACCGUGGGAUGACUCAGACUUUCUGGAUAAUUAUCAAACCUGUAGAAUAGCAGAAGAUGGGCAAUCAAAAAGAGAGAAAGCGGAAAAGCCCAUUAAAUAAAGUCAAUUCGAAUUACUCGCGGCUGGCUGCAGUAAAUGCUUGGUAUUUUUAAUAAAUAUAUGUAUGCUAUGUUAAGUUAAGAAA